AGUUCAGCCUUGUGGAUAUAGCUACAAACCUGACACAUCGUUUCUCUGUCUUAAGUGGCCUUUCCGUCAUUUCUUUUGUCUCGGCUCCAGCUAAUGAAUCUAAUCGUCGACCAUGGUCUAGAGUUUCAAGGAAAAGGUGGCAUCAGUCAACAUUAGAGAAUGAAUAUGCACACAGCAAGACAGUCUGGCCAGUGGCCCAGACAGAAGCUCUGUUCUUACCAGAAUUCCCUGUUGGAAUAGAGGAGAAGUUGAAGUUAAUUUUUUUAGGUGAAAUUAGCAGAGGAGCUUUUGGUCAAGUAUUUCAUGUGCGAUGUGCAACAACAAACAAAGAAUAUGCCAUGAAAGUUCUGUCAAAGUCACAGGUAAGUCUCUCCAUAUAUGAGCAUGUGAGUAUUGGGUCUAGCCAAAAGGUUAAGGAAAGAUGAGCCAAGCAUUUACACAAGCAAAAUGCUAUA